UCCGGGUUCAUGACAGUCACCUGACUAAAACAAAUUCGUGUGUCGUGACGUUCUUUCGCUAGCAAACAAUACACCGGCAUGUUGCAGUUACUCAUUAUACACAUAUUUCAGGGAAAAACUGAUGCAUAAUGCACAAGAAAAUGCAUGUUGUCAUCUUUUGCUAAGAUACGUGGCUGAUGCAGUUUGCUGGCUAGCUCAAGGGUACUCUGUCCUGGUUUGCGGACCGUACAAGAAGUAGAAGUAUGCCUCAAUCUGCAGCUCUCAUCAGUGGGAUCCAGAGGAUGGUCCUCUACGAGACAAGAGCUAGGUAUUUUUUAGUGGGCAGCAAUCAGGCUCAGACCAAACACAGAGUCCUGAAGAUUGACCGCACAGAGCCCAAGGACCUGGUCAUAAUUGACGAUAAGCAUGUGUACAACCAGCAAGAGGUGCGGGAGUUGCUGGGCCGCCUGGACUUGGGAAACCGCACAAAGAUCGCCCAAAAGGGUCCCUCGGGCCUUUCCAGGGCCGUGUCAGCCUUCGGGAUCGUCGGCUUUGUACGUUUCCUUGAGGGUUACUACAUUGUGUUGAUCACCAAACGCAGAAAGAUGGCCGACAUCGGGGGCCAUUCCAUUUACAAAAUCGAGGACACCACCAUGAUCUACAUCCCCAAUGACUCUGUUCGAGUCACGCAUCCGGAUGAAGCCAGAUAUGUGCGGAUCUUUCAAAAUGUGGACCUGUCCAGUAACUUCUACUUCAGCUACAGCUACGACCUGAGCCACUCCUUGCAGCACAACCUGACUCUGCUGCAGAGGCCAUACGAGUUAUGGUCGUCGGCAGCCUCCUCCGCCGAGGAUGAAGCGAACCUGCGGGGGAAACAGGAUAGCUUUGACAUAUUUGAGGAUGAAGGGUUGCCGACGCAAGUGAUUUACGGCCUCCGCAACGAGCCGUACUACAAGUAUGUGUGGAACGGGAAGUUGCUGGAGCGCGUCAAGGACAUCGUGCACCACGACUGGCUCAUGUAUAUAAUCCACGGCUUUUGUGGACAAUCCAAGCUCCUGAUCUAUGGCCACCCGGUCCACAUCACCCUCAUUGCCAGGCGCUCCAGCAAAUUUGCUGGGACCCGCUUCCUCAAAAGGGGAGCCAACUGCGAGGGCGAUGUUGCUAACGAAGUGGAGACGGAGCAGAUCAUCAAUGAUGCCUCAGUUAUGUCGUUCACAACAGGAAGUUACUCCUCGUAUGUCCAAGUACGUGGUUCGGUCCCGCUCUACUGGUCCCAGGACAUUUCCACCAUGAUGCCCAAACCCCCAAUACGAUUGGACCAAGCAGACCCAUAUGCCCAUGUCGCUGGCCUCCAUUUUGAUCAGAUGCUGCAGCGGUUUGGAUCACCAAUCAUCAUCCUUAACCUGGUCAAGAAACGAGAAAAAAGGAAACAUGAAAAGAUUUUGAGUGAAGAGCUGUACCCCGCUGUGAUCAACCUCAACCAGUUCCUCCCGCCGCAGCACUGCAUCGACUACAUCGCAUGGGACAUGGCCCGCUACACCAAGAGUAAACUGUGCAAUGUUUUGGACCGCCUGAGCAUGAUUGCAGAGAAUGUGGUGAAACGUACCGGUUUUUUCGUGAAUCGAUCAGACUUCUACUGUCACACCCUCAGGCCGGAUGACAGAUGGGGAGAUUUGGGUGGACACAUUACAGUCCGAGGACGGGUGCAGACUGGUGUGCUGCGGACCAACUGCGUGGACUGCCUGGACCGAACCAACACCGCCCAGUUCAUGGUGGGCAAGUGUGCGCUUGCUUAUCAGCUCUAUGCACUGGGAAUGAUUGACAAACCCAAACUCCAGUUUGACACUGACUGCGUGAGAUUGUUUGAGGAGCUGUAUGAGGACCAUGGAGACACCCUGUCGCUCCAGUAUGGCGGCUCCCAGCUGGUACACCGGGUCAAGACCUACCGGAAGAUUGCUCCAUGGACACAGCACUCCAAAGACAUCAUGCAGACUCUGUCACGCUACUACAGCAACGCUUUCUCUGAUGCUGACCGACAGGAUGCCAUCAACUUGUUUCUUCAAGUCUACCAGCCGGCAGAGUCCAGCCCACACUUAUGGGAGCUACCCACUGACUUCUACCUGCAUCAGAAGAGCACCAUGGCCCUUCCCAUAGACAGACGCAGCUACACACUGUGGUGGUCAGAGGGGAUACUGUCCUAUCUUCCUGUCGCCUAUGAUGAAGUCCCUUGUGAAGAAACCAUGAAGAAGGUGACAGUCAAGCGAGUGAACCAUUUCGACGAGAGCACGGACAUCUACACAGAGUUCUUCAAGCCUUACGAGCUGACCUCCUUUGACGACACCUUCUGCAUAGCCAUGACCAACUCUGCCAGAGAGUUCAUGCCUAAAACAGUUGGAGUGGACCCGAGCCCUUUCACUGUCCGCAAGCCAGAGGAAACAGGAAAAUCAGUGCUGGGCAGUAAGAGCAACAAAGAAGAGACGCUCCUCCAGAGGAAGACAGCAGCGAGCGCACCUCCUCCGCCGAGCGAGGAGGCCAUUUCCAGCUCAUCCGAGGACGACUCCGAGGAGGACCGCGAUGACGACGCCUCUGUCUCUCAGCGCUCCACCCCAAUCAAACUUUAUACAGAUGGCGGAGAAAGCAGCCGCGCACAAGAGGAGACCCAUCAGCACGCCACCAAGGAGCCCUACGGACUUGAUUUGGCCCAGAUUCCCGCCGAGCACGACCUGCUGAUUUACAAUCGGUUUGCACGCUUGGGCGAGAGCCAACAGAAGCUAACGGCUGGGAGCGAACACCUCAACUUGGCAAACAUCAUCUGCUUGGAGCCUGUUUCCAGCUUCCCAGAGGACAGUGUCUAUGCCACGUCCCCACCGCAGGUAGACCGGGACAGCCGUGACAUCUUUGAGAGCCACGUGAUGGCGGGCCAAGGUCACGUGAGGCCUUUAUGUCGGGAGGACACGUUGAUGUACAGGGAGUACGUCAAGAACAGAUACAUGUGAAGCAUCACAAGAACUCUUGAGAGGGGGGGAUGUGAUGUUUCGCCAGCCAAGACAUGUCUUUUUUUAAAACUACUUAGACUUUUAUUGAGUGAACUAAUCUAUAUGUCCUGCUUCUGGACUUAAUUACUGUUAUUUGGAACCUUUUUUAAAUUUGGGGGGUUUGUUACUUGGUGUUUUAAUUGCCGUCACAUGUUUUGUUUUUUUAAACAAAAAUAUGUAUAUUGAUGUAUAUUUCAAAGAUGUAAAUGACUUUUAUUAUGCAAAUCUUUGUUUUAAGUAGCAUUAACUUAUAAAUGUAUGUUUUAUUUUCUAUUUGCAUUUUGUUGAAAUGUAGGUUUUUGUUUUGUGUCUUCAUGCAUUUCUUUUUUUUCUGCUGAUUCUAGCACUUCUAAAUUAAACAUGAGCAUGACAAAUUGUAUAUGUGCUGCACAUAAGAGGUCCUAUUUCAUUUUAUUGCCUACAGUACCCUUCAAGAAAUCUCUUGUUAUGUCCUUUGAGUUUCUCUCCUCUGUCUGAGUGUCACACUUUGUCGUUAUGUCAGUUUCCUUUUCAGUCUCAGGUGUCAGAAAAGAUGGCAAAUGUGCUGAAGAGCGGCACUUGGAACACACGCGCACGCCGACUGACCACCGCUCGCUCCCUCUGAGCCUCGUGAGCCUGACGACACGAGGGGAGGGGUCCGUGCCUGCCGCCAGCAUGUGAUGGAGAGUGUUGUAAUUCACAGUUUCACACCAACGGAUGCAGAUAAGAAAUGUAAGUACAUUUGCCAUUUUUAAGCUGAACCUGAAUGAAAGCAACAAUAUGUCAAAGUUUUAGCAUGUACUUUAUUUUCUGCGCCAAAAUGGACUCAUGUUAUCAAUGAAAUGUGCAAUGGCAUAUUUAUAAAGUAACAAUAUGUAAAAGCAACAGCUUCAAAUUAAAGAAUGGUACAUUGGCUCGUAAUAAGAAUAGUAGCUCUGUUGUUGCCAUGGUUACCCCAAUC